AGCAGUCUCUCCCCGCUGGCUGCUGCCGGCUGCCCCAGCACUGACCUCUCUGUCCCCUGCAGGUGGGGUCUGGGCUGUCCUGGGACCGGAGCAGGAAUGGCUGAGAACGCGGACUUGCGGGACUCUGAUAACAGCUGGGUGAUCACAGGCUCCGAGGGUUUGCCCGUGGAAACCGUGGGCCCAGAGCUGGACACAGUCACCCAGACCCCAGCGGACGAGGAACCAGCAGGACACACCCUUCCGAAGGGGCACAGCACUGAGGAUGUGCACACAGGCAGGAAGAGAGAAGGCUCCCAGCUGAACACGUCCCCUGGCCCUGAGGAGGCUGAGUUCAAGGACUCUGAGGAGUGUCCCCAGGAGACCCUGAGCCUAGCAGCCUCCCCCAGGCCUGGUGCACCGGGCCACGAGGUGCCAGAGAUCCAGGCACAGGAUGGGCCAGGCUCUGAGGACCCUGAGCUGGGCUCUGACACCAACACGCUGGGCUCCGUGUCCAGUGGCAGAGCAGGUGAGCCGCUGGAGGAGGUGAGCAGCAGCGAGGAUGAUGCUGAGGGUCUGCACCAGCAGCAGCUGCGGGACUCACACCGGGCUCCGUGUGGCCCUGCCGAGUGCCGUGGGGCCGAGGCAGCCGGUGACGGGGAGAGCGGGCUCAGUGUGAAUUCAUGCCUGCUGGGCGUGCUGGCGCUGCUGGGCGUCGGGCUCCUGGCCUUCUCCGGUGCCAUCUAUGACCCUGGGGAUGGCCCCACGGAGAGCAUGGAUCCCGGGGACAUCCCAGAUGGGGAGCAGCAGCCACUGGCUCUUGGUGUGAAGGACUGGCUGCAGCAGCCUCCGCUGGACCCGGCCGGGGACCCCCAGAGCCUUCAUUCCAUGAGCCUGCUUCUGGACAAGCUGGCCAAGGAGAACCAGGACAUCCGGCUCAUGCAGGCGGAGCUGCAGGCGCAGAAGGACGAGCUCCAGGCCCUGCUGCAGAAGAGCGAGGGGGAGAAGGCGUUGGCCGGCUCCCAGCAGCAGAGCCUGGCAGGGGAGAACGCGCGGCUCCACCAGGCGCUGCAGCAAGCGGCCGAGGCUCACCGCUCUGCCCAGGCCGAGCUGCAGGUGCUGCGGGAGCAGCUGCAGGGCCUGGAGCAGGAGGGUGCAGCCGAGACCCCACGAGCGGCCCCAGAGCUGCCCCACGAGGAGCAGCUGCUGUUCCAGGAGCUGGCCAAGCAGCGUGGACUGCUGGGCUCCGUGCGGAGGGAGCUGGAGGGGGUUCUGCAGCGAGCCCAGGGCUCCGGCAGGAUGGAGCAGCUGCGGGUGGAGCUGGCUGGUUUGGAGCAGCAGCUGGCACAGGAGCUGCAGCGGGUGGAGAGCUGGGAACAGAACUACAGCAAGGGGCGCAGCGGGGAAGGCAGAGGGGCCACGGAGCCGUCCCGCCCCCGCCGGCAGGAGCCACCCAAAACUGACAAGAAGGAGGGUGGGUGGCACAAGAGGUCAGAGGCCAGAGAGGAGCGUAGGCGCCAGGACGGGGACCCGGGGGGCAGGGAGCAGGAUGCUGCCAAGCACCCGAAGCGCCGGGAGCAGCCUGAGCCCCACAGGCGCCAGGGGCCGCGGGACACCAAGCCAGCCAAGGACCAGAAUGGGCAGCGUCGGGCAGGCGGUGGGAAAGCGGCGCUCCGUGGGCCCCACGAGCACAACAUCUUCUGGGAGCCGCUCCAGCUGCAGCGGUACCGGGUGCCCCAGGGCUGCACGGGUGUGGCUGGCUGCGCCCGCCAGGAAGGGCUGGAGCUGUUUGGCGCCGAGCUGGCGCCAGUGCAGAAGGGGCAGUUCCUGCAGCUGCUGCAGAGCUACAUGGCUGGGCUGGACUGGGGGCAGCACUUUGCGGGGGUGGCGGCCUGGCUGGACGGUGCCUUUGCCAGCGACGGCACCUUUGCCCACGACCGCCUGCGCUUCCGCCACUUCGUGGAGGAUGUGGAGGAGCUGCUGGAGGAGCUGGCGGAGCAGGAGCAGGGCGACGAGGAGGCAGCCGAUGACUUCGAGGAGUACGUGUUGCGGCACUACGGCGGGGACGGUUUCACCAAGAAGGAGAGCGAGCGGCGCCGAGCAAAGCAGCGGAGCAAGCAGCUCCAUGGGCACGGCCCCCUGCGGGACAGGGACGGCCACCGUGGAAAGGAGAACAGCCCGCCAGACAAAGGCUAGAGCUGGGGGCCAGUGCCAGCCCAGCCGGGCCCCACUCAGCCCUGUAGUUUGUAGGGGACAGCGGCCAGUGCCCCAUAGGGACGCGAUGCUUGUUGUGAGGGCCGUAUUCCAGGCUAGGGGGGCUGGGAGGGAGCGACCCCUGGGGGAAGGUGAUGCCAGUGCAGGGUCGUGCCCCCUCUAAAUCCGUACAGCCAGAGUUCAAUCAGAGCCCACAGCCAUCAGUCCCUGCCCAACGCGCCAGUGUGAUGCCAGCACGCCUGCUGCCAAGCACAGGCCCCUUCCCAUGGCUGAGUUGGGGGGGCUGAGCCAUCACAAAGGGAUAGGGGGCAUUGGCGGCUUUCCUUUGGACAGCAGGGAAUGCUUUGCCCACAGCCUGCAGUUCCCCCUGGGUGCUGUGCCAUGGGGCUCCCCAUGGCACCCUACCCCCUGCCCUGUCCCUUUGAGGUGCCAAGGGGCCCGAUUUCCCUGGCAUGGGGCCAGGGCGGGGUUUAUGGGGACCAAGCUCCCACGUGCACCCACCCGCUGGUUGGUAAUGGUGUCCCCCUGCUGCGACCUGGCUGCGUGCCCACUUCACUGCCAUCCCCAGCACCGAGUCAGGCUGGCUCCCCCCACGUGGGGCCCCCUCUCUGCUCCCCACCCAGGCUCCCUCAGCACUAAAUGCCCUGCAUGUGAUGUUGCACUUUGCUAGAAACCAAUAAACUCGCUAUUGGGGAGCUCC